GACGUCCAUUUUCCAUAACUCAAUUGACAAGCACUUUUGUGUAAUCAAAUUUAAAAAUUGAAAUCAUUCCGACGUCAUCCACUUCACUACUUUCUUUCGCAUAAUUUUGUUUUCAUUAAUAUUUAAAGAGGAAGUUUCUCAAAUUCAAUUUUCUCAAAAGCAGAUCAAUAUUUGAAGCGAGGAAUGAUUGUUAUUGAAGACAAAACGAGAAAUUCUGCAAAAAACUGUAGGGUUUCAUUUAUCAGUGAGACGGGCAGUGGAAUAAAAUUCAGAGUCGUGAUGAAAGUAUGUAUGCACGUAUUUAGGUGGUUUCGAGCAGUAUGGAGAGAAAGUGGUAGAGAAAUUAAAUAGAAAUCGAACCAGCAAUCUUUGAAAUUUGUCAGUUGGAAAGUGAAAAGUUUCCUUACAUUUUUUGCAACUACGACAUGAACUGUCACUUAACUACUUCAUUCCAUUCAUCUUCCGUUCCUUCCGCUUAGCAUACUUUCUGUCCGCUUCUUUAAUUCUACACAAACGUGUCGCUAUUUGGAUCUCUUCCUAUUUUGAUAACAUGUCCUGAUUCCCUUCGACCUUCGCAGUUGAGUUCUUGAAAAAAAAUCCAAUUCGUUCACUUUUUUUGAUUCUUUCAAUCACUCUUCCACUUGAAUAGAUGUUCGUGUCAAACCGUAUAAACGGGACUGAUCCCAUAUGUAUUUGUUUCCUUGUGUGACGUGACGUGCACACAAACCUAGUUUCAUUUCAUUCCAUGUUGAGUGAGGGCGAGAGCGAGUUCUCCCCAGAUCUCUCUGGGGAGAAAACACUUUGGUUUUGAAUGCCGAGAUUUAAAUGUCAUUUGAUGUUAGAAGAAAACUUUCGACCAGGAAAUUAGCAAGGAAGGCACGUGUCUCUCGUGUGGAGGGAUGCAUCACGCCAUCAGCACCUCCCCACCACCUUUUCCUCCAGUAUCAACCAUGUCAAGUGGCACGGAUUACGUUAAUCUCUCCACCAAUACGCAUCCAUCCGAUAUGACAGUUUUUCCGAACAUAUCGUCGUCCUUCUACCCCUCAUUGGAAGCCACGGAAUCCUCCCCAGCGGAGGACGCCAUCCUGUCCUUCCCACCCUACUUCCAGCUCGUGGUGUACAUCCUCUACAACACCAUUUUCGUCGCGGCCGUGAUAGGCAACACUCUCGUCAUCUAUGUCGUCGUCUCCUCCGCCCGAAUGCGUACGGUCACCAACUACCUCAUUUGCAAUCUUGCCGUCGGAGAUCUCCUCAUGGCAAUUUUAUCAAUCCCAUUUUCUUACAUAUCAGUUCUGUAUCAGUACUGGCCAUUUGGUUUAGUUUUAUGUCAUCUCGUCAGUUACUCUCAAGCUACCUGUGUCUUCGUGAGCGCGUACACCCUGAUCGUUCUGGCUCUGGAUCGUUACUUUGCAAUAUUAUACCCUCUUCAACCCCGGCUGAGAAGGAGCCAAGCGUUGGGGGUCAUUUGUGGCGUGUGGGUAGUAGCUUUGAUAACUGCGAUACCAAUUGCAGUUUUUACCCGGUUGGAAGUAGACGAGGGGAGGGCUGGAGGGCUGCCCUUGUGCGAGGAGUCGGCCUGGUCGGAUGACACACUGCGUCUCGCCUACUCCCUCACGUUGAUGUUCAUGCAAUACUUUUUGCCAGUUUCGGUCCUCAUAUUUACAUACAGCCGAAUUGCCAUCGCAGUUUGGGGCAAAAAGGCACCAGGUGAAGCAGAAGAUAAUCGAGACCAACGACUCGCUCGUGCCAAACGGAAGAUGAUAAAGAUGAUGCUCACGGUCGUGAUAGCUUACACCCUCUCCUGGCUUCCCUUUAACUGUUUGAUAAUUUUGCUGAACACCGUCCCCCCGACACACGCUCUCUUCACGACCACCAUUCCACCAGAUCAACUGGCCAUCCUCUACUUCACCUGCCACUUCCUCUCCGUCAGCCACAGCGUGGUCAACCCGGUCAUCUACUCGGCUAUGAAUUCCAACUAUCGACAAGCCUUUGCCUCCGCAACCCGAAGAAUAAGUUGCGUUUCGAAACUAUUUUAUGAUUUUGAGGCUGAUCGCAACAGGCUGCGUUUGCAACGGAGUGGAACCGUCACGACGACGUACACCUUUCAGCAUGGUGGACACGGGGGUGUGGUGCUUCACGUCGGUGGGGGCAUGCCGCCGCCGGUGAAUAGAGCGAGAAGGCAGAUGUUCGGUAAUGGGAAUAAAAACGGAGGUGUGGACGAGAGCUUUAUUUAAUUCUUAGUUUUUGUAUUCCCAAGUUAUUCUUAUGUAAAUAUUUAGCAUACGAGUUACGUUAAACCUAAAAUAUUUAUUUUUAUACCAUGUUCCAGUCCAAAGAGAAUAUAUUACAUAACAAUAUGUACAAUCA